AUGGCUGAGAGCACCCAGGAAGAGACUGAGGAGAUUGAAAGUGGCAUAGAGGAUGAUAAACCUGCAAAGGAGAUGCAGCAAGUAUUGCUAGAGAGUGGCAUAAUCGCUGGGACCUCAGGGAGCCGCGGGAGACGAGCCGCAAGGCAGGCGGUGGCAGCCAAGGCUUUAAGCGAGAUCUGGGGCUCUGAUCCCGCUGUGAUCACAGCGGAGGGCGGCAGGCCGGGGGGCACAGGGCUCCUAGCAGGGCCGGCCAUGCCGGCUAAGCCCGGGGCUCAGGCCACGUCUUGUCCGCUGUCGUCUCCAGAGCCGAGGCUCCUGGGCGGGACGGCCCCUAGUUCCCGAAGGACCAGCCCGGCCCCGGCCAGCACCCCUUCGGGCAGGAACCAUGGCGCAUCCCAGAUUCCGGAGCCGCCGAGGCGCUGCCUGGUGACCCGGCCGCGCCGGCGCCAGGGGGGCGCGGGCGGGGACCUUGGGGGGCCGUCCAUGCCCCGGGUGCGGUCGCGCCCCCUCCCCCUCCAGCCGGGCGCCCCCGCGGCUGGGCGGCGAUCAGGGCCGCGGGCCUGUCCGGGUGCCCCGUCGGGGGCGGCGCCCCGGCGGCCGCGCUGA